AAUCUCCAUAUUCACUUGAUUGUUCUUCUCUUUCACUAAUAAGCCCUAAAAUCUCAACGAGCUUUUCCCUUCUUCCUUUCCUCACUCGCUGUGCAAACUGAUUUCCCUUCUUCAAAUUUCGACGUGCUUUUCUUCUUCUUCGUUUCCUCUCUCGCCGACGAACCCUAAGAACUCUCAAAGAAAGUUGGUGCCACUCUGUCCACCUCUCGACAUCAUCUCCUGCUUGUGUUGCUCGUUCUUCUUUGAUUCCACGGUGGAGAUUGUGAGCGGUUUGUUGAUUUCAUAGUGCUGAUACGUUUCUUCAAUCCUUGAUUCCACAGGAAUAUCUUUGUUAGGGGUUACUUGUGAAGAGUGAAGUUCGAUUCGUUUCCAAGAAUCUAACAGUGUGUGUUUCCAGAAGUUGCUGACUUUCUCUACAGUGAUAAUUCCAUGGAUAAAAAAUGGAUGAAUGCCGAUCGAUUGUCAAAAGAGUACGAGAAUGGGGUAUUGGAAUUCGUUAAGUUUGCUGUUGAACACGUCAAAGACGUCGGUCGAAUGAAAUGUCCUUGUUUGGGUUGUUGUUAUGGGGAUCGGGUUGACGCAGCUGGAUUGAAAUCGCAUUUACUGACGCAUGGGAUUGAUCGAAGUUAUAAGUGUUGGAUAUAUCAUGGUGAGAAAAUUAACGAGAAUGUUGAACCGGGGGAGAAAAGUAAUACGACGACCUAUGCUCCAGACGACAAUGACACGGAUACAUACGAUUGUGAUCGAGUCGAAGAGAUUGCAGAAGCACUUGAAGAAGAUCUUAAGGACUGUCCCAAAAUGUUUGAGAGGUUGGUAAGCGAUGCAGAGAAACCGCUGUAUAAAGGUUGCAAUAAAUUCACAAGACUGUCUGCGAUAUUAAAGUUGUACAACUUAAAGGCGGGCAAUGGAUGGUCGGAUAAAAGUUUCACAGAGUUAUUAGCCCUCCUGAGAGAUAUGCUUCCGGAGGAUAAUGUUCUUCCUAAUCGAACCUAUGAGGCCAAAAAAAUGUUGUGCUCUAUUGGCAUGAGCUAUGAUAAGAUACAUGCUUGUCCAAACGAUUGCAUUUUGUUUCGAAACGAAUAUGCAUCGUUAAAUGAGUGCCCUAAAUGCGGUUUAUCUCGAUAUAAGAAAAAAAUGUCUCCAGCAAAAGUCUUAUGGUAUUUUCCUAUAAUUCCGAGAUUUAGGCGCAUGUUUCGUAGUGAAACCGAUGCAAGACAUUUGACUUGGCAUGCAGAUGAAAGAAUUAUUGAUGGAAAGUAUCGACAUCCAGCAGAUUCACCACAAUGGUCGAAAAUUGAUGAUGAUUAUCGCGAUUUUGGAGAAGAAGCAAGAAACCUUCGAUUGGCAUUAUCUACUGAUGGAAUGAACCCACAUGGUCUUCAAAGUAUCUCACAUACCACAUGGCCUGUGAUUCUUAUGAUUUAUAACCUACCCCCAUGGCUAUGUAUGAAGCGUAAGUACAUGAUGUUAUCUAUGUUAAUUUCUGGGCCUAAACAACCAGGGAAUGACAUAGACGUAUACUUGACACCUUUGAUCGAAGAUUUAAAGAUUUUGUGGGAGAACGGUGUGGAGGUUUAUGAUGGAUAUAGGAAAGAAAGUUUCAAUUUGAGGGCGAUGUUAUUUGGCACAAUUAAUGAUUUUCCAGCAUACGGAAAUCUAUCAGGGUACAGCAUUAAAGGUCAAAAAGCGUGUCCUGUUUGUGAAGAUGAAACCGAUACGACGCGAUUGGACCUUUGUCAGAAGAAUGUGUUUCUCGGUCAUCGUAGAUUCUUACAUUCUAAACAUCACUAUCGUGGGUGGAGACAAGCAUUCAAUGGAAAGGCAGAACAACGUAAAGCUCCACCUAUAUUGACAGGUGAUCAAAUUUUUGAAAAGGUGAAAGAUGUGAGUACUCAGUUUGGCAAGCCUUUUGCACAUGAGGUUGUCAAAGGUGGGUGGAAGAAGAGGUCGAUUUUUUUUGAAUUGCCAUAUUGGAAGUCUUUGUAUGUGAGACAUUUUCUCGAUGUUAUGCAUAUUGAAAAAAAUGUAUUUGAAAGUGUUAUUGGUACGUUACUCAAUAUAAAGGGAAAGUCUAAGGAUGGCGUUAAUGCAAGGGAGGACAUGUUAACGAUGGGAAUAAGAACUGAAUUGAGACCAGUGAAGAAAGGAAGACGAACAUAUCUACCACCUGCUGCUUUUACUCUAUCUAGAAAGGAGAAAAAAAUAUUGUGCAAGUUUCUAAGUGAAGUAAAAGUUCCAGAAGGAUACUCUUCAGAUAUCAGAAGACUCGUGUCUAUGAAAGACCUUAAGUUGAAGAGUUUAAAGACACAUGAUUGUCAUGUUAUAAUGGAGCAUUUUCUACCAAUAGGUAUACGUUCCAUUUUGCCAGAAAAAGUAAGAAGCGCCAUCACUAAAUUGUGUUUUUUCUUUAGGUCAAUCUGUAGUAAGGUGAUCGAUCCUGAGGUCUUACCAACACUGCAAAAAGAAAUAGUUAUUACCUUGUGUGAGCUUGAAAUGUAUUUUCCUCCCUCUUUUUUUGACAUAAUGGUACAUCUUGUUGUUCAUCUUGUGAAAGAGACACAGUUGUGUGGACCAGCUUAUAUGAGAUGGAUGUAUCCUGCUGAACGUUAUAUGAAAAUAUUAAAAGGGUACGUGAAAAACCGGAGUCGCCCAGAGGGUUGUAUUGUUGAACGAUACAUUGUUGAAGAAGCGGUUGAGUUUUGUACUGAAUAUUUGUCCAAUGUUCAAUCCGUUGGGCUCCCCAAAACUCAUAUUUUUGAAAAAAGGGAAGGUAAAAAAUUAAUUGGAAAUAAAAUUGUGACAAUAUCAAGGGUUGAACGGGAGCAAGUGCAGUUGUAUGUUCUACACAAUGACAGUGAGGUUGAGCCAUAUGUUGAAAUGCACAAGGUUGUACUCCGAGGGUUAAAUCAAAACAGAAAUGAAAAUUGGAUAGUACAAGAGCAUAAUCAAAGUUUUAUACAAUGGUUUAAGGAUCAUAUUUAUUCAAAGCACUCUUCAGAUCCCGCUUCAAUAACAGAAAGGUUGAGAUGUUUGGCAUAUGGUCCAAGUUUGCAUGUGUUUUCUCACAGCGCAUACGCAAUAAAUGGAUACACAUUUUAUACCAAAGAACAAGAUGAUAAGAGUUCUAUGCAAAAUAGUGGUGUCACCGUGCUAGCUGAAGCAAUGCACAUAUCAAGUAUGAAGGACUUAAACCCGAAAUAUGCAAAUUUGUCAUAUUUUGGGGUUAUUGAGCACAUUUGGGUGUUUGAUUACGAGAAGUUUAAGAUUCCUAUCUUUGGUUGCAAGUGGGUAAAUAGUAAUGGCAUACGAAUGGAUAAGUCAGGAUUUCUGCAAGUUGAUCUUAAUAGGGUGGGGUACAAAGAUGAGCCUUUUAUUCUAGCAUCUCAAGCUAAACAAGUGUUUUAUGUCACUGACCCGUCGAGUACGAAAUGGUCUAUAGUGCUUUUAUCUAACAAAGUGGUUGAUGAUACCGGUGUAGAUCAAGGUGAUAUUGAUGUUGAGAAUCAGUCAAGUGUUAGACAGAAUGAUCAAGAUGAGAAUAGUAUAACGAAUGAAUCAUAUAUCAGAAAGGAUCAUGAUGAGGGAAUUUGGAUCAAUUCUGACGUCCGCAUUGCUAAGAAACAAGUAAUUCGUAUUUCAACCAAGAAAAGAAAAAGAUGUUAGUGAAAGAUGUUAAUUAGAUGGCUAGUAACGAGGAUCAACCACAUGAUCAUGAUGAUAUUGAUGAUGGAGAUCAUGAGAGCAUUGUUGAUCAGGAAGCGGAAAUUAGAAGAGGAAUAACACUUAUGAAGGAAGUCAUUCGGAAACGAGACCAAGGCAUACUAUUAGAUGCGCAUUGGAGCGAAAGUGGACUACUAAUUGAGCCUAACGGUUCAAAGAUUACAAGUUUUAUUGGUGCACUCGUAAGGAAUGCAAUUCCAAUUACUUGUGAUGAUUGGAGAGAUACAAAUUUGGAAGAAGCUAAAGACAAACUUUGGAUUGAGAUACAGAGGAGUUUCAACAACAUGGAGGAUAAUAGAAGAAAAAUUUGUCUCAAGUUGGCCGGAAGACUACUAAGAGGGUUUAGGACUUUUAUAACUAGAAGAUAUCUUACGGAUAAGAAUAAAAAUUUUGUUGAUGCAGAGUAUCCAAAAAGAUAUAAAAGUUUGAUUUCACCUGAAGAAUGGGAAACGUUUAAAGAAAAACGAAAAAACCCAAAAUUUCGGAGUAGAAGUGAAACAAAUCGCCAAAGAGCAUCAGGUCCCCCAUAUCCAUACAGAAAAGGGCGUAUGGGAUAUGGACGCUUAGAACAGUCUA